AUUAAUUUACUAAUGAGCCCAAUGAAAUAGUGCAUGUUAACCUAGAUUUCAUUUCGUAGCCGCCAUUCUCACUUCUCAUCUUCUUCCCCAAAUUCUCCCCAACCUCUCCUCGUCGCCAAAUUGAAUCAGGUAAAUCAUGAAGCAUAACAAUGUUAUCCCAAAUGGGCAUUUCAAGAAGCAUUGGCAAAACUAUGUGAAAACAUGGUUUAACCAGCCUGCCCGAAAGGCCAGAAGAAGGACUGCACGACAAGUGAAAGCUGUUAAGAUUUUUCCCAGGCCAACUGCUGGACCCCUGCGCCCUGUCGUCCGCGGUCAAACACUCAAGUACAACAUGAAAGUCAGAGCUGGCAGGGGGUUUUCUCUUGAAGAGCUUAAGGCUGCAGGCGUCCCUAAGAAACUUGCCCCAACUAUUGGCAUCUCUGUUGAUCACCGCAGAAGAAAUAGCUCUUUGGAGGGAUUCCAGACUAAUGUCCAGAGACUGAAGACAUUCAAGGCUAAGCUCGUUGUCUUCCCAAGACGUGUUCGCAAAUUCAAGGCAGGUGAUUCUACUCCAGAGGAGCUGGCUACAGCCACACAAGUUGCUGGGUCUUACAUGCCUAUUAUCAGCGAGAAGCCGACUAUGGAUCUUGUUAAGGUGACAGAAGAGAUGAAAUCGUUCAAGGCAUACGACAAGCUGCGUCUGGAGAGGACGAAUGCUCGCCAUGUCGGUGUUAGGGCCAAGAGAGCGGCUGAGGCGGAGAAGGAAGAGAAGAAGUAAAACAAUUAAAUUGUUGGAUUUGCAUUGUUUCUUAUAUUUAUAUUUUUGUGUUUUGCCUGAAUUUUGACACUAGUAAUCUAUACUGAAAAGAGUUUUGACAA